AUGGUGAAAACGGAGGUCACUGAAAACCGAGGACUUCAGGCCCUGCUCGCCAAGGCUCCGACAGACGGUGUGAAAACCCCUCAAUGCCCCAGGACGCGCCAGCACAACAAAAAGAACUCGCAGAACGGGUCCGCGAACACGUCGGCGGCCGCCAACGCGGCUCCCAGCGUUUCCGCGGCGGCCGCGCUCAACGCCGACGCGCCAAGCCCAGGUAUGACAUCUUAUCCCCCAGGCACGAAGAUUCUGAUUAAUGCGGAAGCUCUACGGAAAGCGGGAAGAUUGAUUUGA